AUGAUUAAGGGCGAUUCCUUACAACGAUCAACUAGUAGUCCGCAGCAGGAUGAGCUUACUAGGUACCUCCAGAGUACCACUAUCAAUAAAUCCGCUCAGAUCUUCUGGAGAAACCAUAAGAGGGAGUUCCCUAUUCUUACAAGCAUUACUCGUGAUAUGAUGUCUAUCCCAGCGACUGGUGCCGGUGUUAAGCGUCUUUUUAACUCUGCCCGGGACAUUUGCCACUAUCGCCGGGGGUCGUUAAGCCCAGAGACUAUCCGUGAUAUCAUAUUAUACAUGUGUACAACAAGAUUUGAUACUAAGGAGGAGCAGCGGCAGAUUCUCCAAGAAUAUCUUUCAGAGCAAGAGAUCGCAGCUACGUCCGAAGAGCUUCAUAUUGAAACACAUUGUGCCGAAGCUAUCAGUGACACUGAGGAAGAUAUCGAAAUGCACCUUGAUACCCCGGCCGUAGCACCACUCUCAGCCGUUGCCGCUGGAAAGCGGCCGGCUAUCAAUUCUGACGAUAAGGAAGACCCUGAUACCGAUGACAUUACGGAUCCAGAAGAGACCUCGGAAUUACCCUUACCUAAUACGCAGCAGCGUGUAUCAGGCAGAAUGCGGAAGAGGUCGAGACUGUUGGAUGGGUAUAUAGUUUAA